CUCAUUCUCCUAAAUCCUCCCAACUCCUGUUUCUCUUUGAUUCUUUUUAGUCCUUAAAACUACACCAAAUCUCUUGCAUUUCAGACCAGACCAAAGAAAGAAAAAAAAAAAACACACCCCUGUUUUUCCUCUGUUUUCUCCUCUGCUUUUCCCUGUUUUUGUUUUGAGAAUAACACAAUGUCAUCAAGCGUCUGUCAAGGUGGUUUACAAUCAUGUCUGGAUUUCAAUUUCUUCAAUACUCCUCCUCUCAGGCCCUGCCUCACUGACUCUGAAGUCCACAAGGAACAGAACAACAUGAAAAGCAAUGACAAUAUUGACAUGGGUGGAUGGAGUUUUCUCCAAUCGCUCAACAACUCAUCCGAAAUCAAGAACAAAGAAGCAAUUGAGAACGAAAAAGUGUACGUCCAUCCCCUCCAUACCCGCUCUUCGUCUUGUAAGCUUAGCGCAAAGAGCUUAGAAAUGUGCACUGAAACCCUUGGAAGCGAAACCGGUAGUAACUGCAGCGAAAGCAGCGACGAGAUUCUUUUCACUUCAACACUCGAACAACUUGAAAAUCGUGAGUCGUCGCCACCAAAGUAUUACAAAAAUCGGGUGACUGAGAAAAGAAUGAAACGUAGUGCUAGCUUUCCGCCUCCAUUAACUUCAAUUAGGGGAACAAGUGGUGUCCAAUUGAGGACUCACAGAGAGGGCGGACGUUUAGUAAUAAAAGCUGAAUCUGUUUCUUGUUGCCAUACAUACUUUCAAGCCGAGCGCAGCGAUGGACGUCUUAGGCUUCGUCUACUGCAAAAUUGCUCUCCUAAUUUUACCCGUGAUGAAGACGAAGAAGGAGAUGUUGAUACAACUGAAACUGAAACUCGAGAAAUCGAAAAGGAAAAAACUAUUGUCGAUGUUGAAGAAACAGAGGAAACAGAGAAGGAAAGUAGUGUUAAAGUGAAAGGUGAAAUGGGAUUGAAGAAGCUGUCAAUGACAAGUAGGUGCAAGGAAAGUGAGCAUCGGAGGAAAGGGUUGCUUAAUUGGGAACCCUUUUGUGUGGCUUCUUAAACCUUAAAACAUUCAGACAUCUCUCUACUACUUCUGUUUUUCAUCUUUAAUUGCUCUAUCUUCUUACUGUACUACUAGUGGUUAUAAUUUGAGAGGUAUUGCUUACCUUAUCCAA